GACAUCGCGGAUUGCGCUCUCACCAUCGUUUCUCCAGCUGCAUGCUCCUUGUGCUCUCAACGUCCUCAGUCUUCAUCGCGAAGCCGUCCACGCCAUCGACACGACGAGCGAACCUACCCGUGCCAUGCUGGGCGAUCGCUACUCUGGCCGCGAUCAGCCGUCCAGGUCGAAGCUGGAUCAGACAAUCCUGUGUGCAGUGUUUAAACGCCAAGAUCGGACGACCCCAGCCUCGAGGUCGAUGCGGUUUCAGAAUCCCGGUUGGCAUCUUAUCAGCCAGUCGCUAAACCUAUCCGCCAAUUUCUCAUGGAGAAACCUCAGCAGGCCUCAAUUUUUCCAACCGCUCGUCGCCUGCCGUGAACAUGGGCGAAUUGGCCGGCCAGUUUUUCUUUCGCUGGGGCACGCCAGCCUGGACCCGGCGGUGCUCCCAAGCGCUGUUUCGCGAGCUUCCCUGUGGCUCGAAGACAUGACCGCCCACGAAUACUCGCCUCGCGCCAUGCGUCCCUAUUCCAGCCUUGCUAUACCCACUGGUGGCGUCACGUACUUCGAUUAAGCACUUUCUCUGACAGCGUCUGGCCCACUUGACAAGUUGGAUCGCCACGUCCGAUGCCUGCUGGGAAGUGAAAUGACAGGCUGCCGACCAACUCCAAACAAUUCAAACGGACUAACCUAGAGCCUCACCGUCAACCGUCAUCUCCGCACUCAUCUCUCGCGUUGUAUAAAAGAACCGACAUGCUGUCGCCCUCACAAUGCCUUUCUCUCACCACCAUCACUUGGGUCCUGCACUCUUCAGCCAUUCAUUUUCGUUCAUUUUUCUGUCGAUACAUUCGUUUGCCUCUGUGAGGACAUUACAUUCUUUUGGAGACCGGCUACUCUGAAGAACUGUGUUUACCCACCGCCCUUCGAUUCUUUGUACAUACUACGAUCAAGAUGAAGACCAUCGCCGCUUCCAUCCUCGCCGGCCUGGCCGCCAACGUUGCUGCGCACGGUAUCGUGACCAAAAUCACCAUUGGCACCAAGACGUACCAGGGCUACGAUCCCAACUUCCAGUACAUGCCCACUCCACCGGCAGUCAUUGGCUGGACGGCUCCUCUUACCCAGGAUCGUGGUCCUGUCGAUGGCAACAAGCUGAACGACCCUGACAUCAUCUGCCAGCGUGGUGCUACCAACGCAGGCACCAUCUCUGCCCCGGUCGCGGCUGGUGACUCCGUCUCCCUGCAGUGGACCCCGUGGCCAGAGUCUCACCACGGUCCGGUUCUCGACUACCUUGCCGACUGCGGUGGAGACUGCUCGACUGUUGACAAGACCACCCUGAAAUUCUUCAAGAUCGAUGGCGUCGGCAUGACCAGCACCGCUGGCAGCCCUCCAAACUUCGCCGACGAUGACAUGAUCAAGAACAACAACACCUGGACCGUCAAGAUCCCGUCCGACAUCGCCCCAGGUAACUACGUCCUCCGUCACGAGACCAUUGCUCUGCACCAGGCCCAGGCCGUCGGUGGCUCUCAGCCGUACCCGCAAUGCAUCAACCUCCAGAUCACCGGCAGCGGCACUGCUAAGCCGGAUGGUGUACUCGGAACUGAGCUGUACAAGGCAACCGACCCAGGCAUUCAGUUCAACAUCUACACCACCUUCACCAACACGAACCAGUACCCCGUUCCUGGCCCAACCCUCUACAGCGGCGCCGCAGGUGCCGGUGGUGUCUCGGCCCCUGCUGCCACCGCCUCUUCCGUUGCCGCCGCCUCGUCAGCUGCUGCUCCCGCGGGCACGACGACCAAGGCCAGCGCCGUUUCCUCGAGCACUCCAGCCGCAACUGGCGGUGCGGGCUGCAAGGUCAAGCGCUGGCACGCAAAGGACUUCUCGAUGUAAAUUAUCGAUCAGGUUUCAUCCGCAUACCACGGUGGAAGGGAGAAAGGAGGACUACGUGUGGAAGUCUGGCGACUGAAAAAAACUUCGAUUUGAAUGUACACCUACCUUUUUCUUUUGGCCUGCCUCGGCGGGAUUGAUUUAGAGGAAUAAAAAACAUGCAUUUUCUUCAAGAAAUGAAGAGAUUGCUUGCUUCGUUGUUGUCGCCAUCA